AUAGUGGGGGCGAAAACAGAUUCUCCCACCAAUCGCGCCAGUACCUUCGCCGCGGACCGCGAGUGGCGCGCGUGUCGUGUUCGAAAUUUAAAUACAAAUCCGAUUCGAAAAACAUUCCGUUCCACAUAAUAAACAUAUCGAUAACGUUCUACCCUCGGUCUAUCCAAUUGUAAAGUGUUCACCCGUGUUUCCGUGUAUGUGUUACAGUGUACGUGAUCAGGUGUUAGUUUCCCAAACAAUGUUGAUGUGCAGGCACACGUAUGUCAUUGAAUGAAACGCGUUAGCCAGUUGCAAUCGGCGAAAAUGUGACUGUUAGGCCGCUUUACACUGGUGUUUUUCUCAUACAAAGAUGGCUAUAAACUAUUGAUUUAUAAUGUUAACAAUGCGGCUGUUUAGAAGGAUUACGCUUGUGCUUGUGUGCGUAUUUGUUUUGGCGUUGUCUGUAGCGAGAUGUGAGGAUUCCUCGGAGGUGGUACCAGAAUCGGAGGGCGUAGUGGGGAGUGAUGACCAAAGUGACACACGGAAGGAUGUGAAAACUGGUCUCCUGUCAGGCAAUCGACGGAACACGACACAGGGCAGUACAAACAUAACGAGGGAUUCGUUGCUACUAUCCGUGCUUGCGGCCAGGCGGAAACAAUUCGGCGGGAGGCCACCGACGCUUUUCAGUUCAUUGCCAUCGAUAGCACAAGCCGCUAGAAAGGGCAAUACAACAUAUGCUAAAAUAGAAAUUCGAGAUGCAAAUAAUGUUACAAUAAAAAGGCUAACAUUUGAAGCCUUACCGCUACAAAAAGUAACCACCGAUGCCCCAAAAGUAGGUGAGAUUAGACCGCAUGAAACUAGACAUCUGUUUGUGCCUAGAAUUUUUCAAGACAAUAAAAGUCGAACUGGGUUUGUAAACAAUCGAAGACGAGAUGCACUAAGUAUAAAUAAGGCAGUUCCUACUAUAGAACAUGUGAGUGAAAGUGGAAUAGUAUAUGUUCCACCUGAUAAACUAGAAGGUCUUGACAAGGAGGUAGAUUUAGAUCCAGAUGAAGAAUUUCAGGUUGAUGAAUCUAAUCAUGGUUUAUAUUUGCUUAAUUAUUCCGAUUCCGAAAAUAUAACAACUGGUCUAAAUUUAAACAAAACCGAUGUUGGUACAGAAUUUAAUGAAAACGUUACAGCUAAAGUUGAAAACACAACUGUUUCACAAUUCAGUAAUAACACCACAGACAGAUCGACACAAUCGCCAAAAGAAGAAAUGAUUGAAAAACCAGAAACUAAUAUUAUUAUCAAUAGUACUGAUAUUAGGCAGUUGAAACCUUCAAAAAUUUCAAGUGAUAAAGAUAAAAUAAACCAUACUUUAUUUAUGUCUGAUGAGAUUUAUAACCAUUUUCGACCAUUAGAAAGUGAAUUGCCUGUAGAAGAAAUGGUUCCAUUUAUACAAUUUGGUAAGAAGCUCGAUGGACAGGUUAUUAAUGAUAAUUUAACUAAUUCUCCCUCAUUAUCAGCAUCAACCAAAUCAGUUAAUUUUAUUGCUGCUCCAUUGGAGAAGCGUAAGUUUAAUUCAAGAUAUUCUGCAACAGAAAAAUAUAAAAACACUAGCGCUGAUGAAGAAGAAAUUAAUGAAGAUAUGGAUGUCUCUGUAGUUAAAAAUAUUAUAGAAAAAAAUAAAAUUAGGAACACCGUAAAAGGACCUGCACCAGCGCGGCAUGUCAAUGCGUAUAGAAAAUAUUCAAGUAGUACUCAAGCUACAACUAAAUCUCCAAAUAUUGCAGAACUGAAUGUUACAGAACCUAUAAUAGUAAAUGUCACACCAAAUACUGUAAAUAAAAAUAAAGAAAUUAAUCACGUCAAUACAAAUAUCACUAACACUACCAACACAACAAAGGAGGGAACAAAUAGUACACAAAUAACUAAAGAAAAUAUUCCAAACAGAACUAAUACAACAAUAUUGCCACGAAAUUUUACACGCAAUUAUUUCAAUUUACGUCGCCGACCAGCUCGAGUGACCGCUGCGUUGACUACUGAAAAUAUAAUUCCAUCAGGAGUUAAUGCAACUACAGAAAAAGCUUCUACAUCUGUUUAUACUGCAGUCGUUACUUCAGUAUCAAUAACAUCAUCUAUGAAAGGACAAAAUAAAACUGAUUCACUAAAUAAAGAAUCCGAGAACAGCACCAUGCCGAUAGAAAAUAUCGAAUUAUCAACGAACAGUAGCGAUAUCAAACCAAGUUCUUUGAAUGAAACAGAAAAUACUACUAUUCUCUCUUCAACAAAUAGACCUUCUAGACACAGAAUAAGAAUUAGAACUACGACUACAGAGAGUAGCGUUAAUUCGAGUCCCCGGUCUCCACAAGUGAUAUAUAGACCUUCUGAACCUCCAUUUAUUAGUGAGGUUUCAACUGGGAAUGGAGAUUUAAGAAACGAGACAACUACAUCACGUAUAUCUGAAAGAUUGGCAAACUUAUUAAGGCAAAAUGUUUACGAUACCUUAGCUAAUGGAAGUACGAUUCGACCAAGAAAUAUUCUUAGACGACGACGUCCAACCACAACAAGUACUACUACAUUAUUACCAUCAAGUACGAGUUCAACGACAUAUAGAGCACCGCCACAUAUUUUCAUCCCUACUGAGAAAUCAACUAUAUCUGCACCACAAUCUUCAACACCAGCAAUAAUUGCAACUACCAAAUUAGAAACAGAUAUGAGCACAACGUUUAAACCAUUUGUAGUGACGUCAAAGACGUCAUCUCAGUCUAGAUCGAAACCUGUAUUAAUUGCAUCAAGUGGACCAUCGGCAGAAAUUAAUACAACUACUGUAAAUAUAACAAAUAACAGCGAAGAAGACUCAACAUCACAAAACGAGGAAGUAGUAAUAGAAGCUGAAAAAACAUAUACAGCUUCAUAUGUAUUGGCUGGGUUAGGUUUCUUGCCAAUUGCAGCAAUUGUAGCUUUUGUUUUGAGAAAUGUGUUAAAUAAGAAGACUAAAGAAAUAGAUACGGAGUAUGAAGGAUACUUUGAUGAUAGUGAUAUUAAAAAGGAAUCACCAAUAACAACAGUAGCCCGGCCUCCUCUACCAGCGCCUAGUAAACCUGAUCAGAAAUGGGAAUUUCCUAGAAACAAAUUAAGAUUACAGACUUUGUUAGGACAAGGGAAUUUCGGACAGGUAUGGAAAGCGGAAGCAGAUGACUUGAAUGGUCACGACGGAUUAACACGAUUGGUCGCAGUGAAGAGUAUCAAGGAGACAGCCUCACAGAAAGAGAAACAAGAACUUCUGCACGAAAUUUACAUUAUGCAGAAGAUUGGAACGCAUCCAAAUGUAGUCACACUUCUAGCCUGUUGCACUGAACAAGAACCUUACCUCCUGAUAAUGGAGUAUGUAAUGUGUGGUAAAUUGCUGACCUACCUACGUGAGCGGCGGUCGAGGCCUGACCGUUUUAGUGGGAGCGGAGCACUCACUUCGAGAGAUUUGACAGUCUUCGCCUACUGUGUCGCUAGAGGGAUGGACUAUAUCGCUUCUAAAGGGAUCGUGCACCGAGAUCUGGCAGCUCGCAACGUUCUCGUCGACCACAACAAGCUGUGCAAGAUCGCAGACUUCGGCAUGUCGAGGUGCGCAGGCGCAUCAUCGAGGGCUGCCCGCUCAGCGCUGCCCGUGAGGUGGAUGGCGCCGGAAGCGUUGCUGUACAACGUAUACAGCCAUCCAACUGAUGUGUGGGCAUUUGGGAUACUACUGUGGGAGAUUGUUACUUUAGGUUCAACGCCAUACGCAGCCAUGUCCGGUCGAGAAGUACUUGCCGCUGUGACUGAGGGGUACCGUUUGGAAAGGCCACCACAUUGCAAGCCGCAGCUGUACCGUGCUAUGCACUCCUGCUGGCACGCGGAUCCCUCACAGAGACCUACCUUCGCAGACUUGAAAGCUCAAUUAGCAGAGCUUCUUGACAACGAGCCAUCGGAAGGCAAUUAUGUUGAUUUAGACUCGUUUUAUCAAGAAUCCUCAGUGUAUAGCGAUCCGUCGGCGAUUAUAAAUGAUGACGAGGGGUUAUCGGCGGAGUAUGAUAGGGAACGUCGUGUAUUUAGAGAGUUGAACAACAAGCCGCCAGUCAAAUUUGACAACCGAGCAUUUAGUUUGCGCGAUGAAGAACUACGAAACAAAUUUGGCAUCGGAACCCCGCGAAUGGGCGGAUUCGGCAUUCGAGAUGUGCCCUUCAACGAGAGAAACUUCUCUGACGGCGAAUUCAACGAGCGGGCAUUCACCGACAAAAACUUUGCCGACAGGAACUUCAGCGACAAGAGCUUCGCCGACCGUAACUUUAGCGAUAAAAACUUCGCCGAACGGAACUUCAGCGAUAAGAAUUUCACGGAGAGAAACUUCACUGACAAAAAUUUCAACGACACGACAUUCGCCGAACGGAAAGACGGGAAGCUCUCGACAUCCAGUUUCCACAGAGAAAGGGAGAGAGAGAAUCCUUUAGUCAGUAGGAAUAGUUUCAACGGGUUCCCCAGGAUAGGCACCAGGGACGGCCACUUUCAAAUGACACCCGACGGUAGGAACAAGAGGGUAUCAGAAUUUGAAUGUGACAUUUAAUUUAUAAAUUUAUUUAGAAUAGGCAUCAUUUUAUUUAUUCAAUAUUAGGGUUUAUGAAGAUUUUUGAUCUUCGAAUUUCACAUCACGACAGUACAGUAUGUAAUUAAUGUUAAUUUAUGAAAACUACUUAUAUAUAUAUAUAUAUAUAUAUAUAUAUAUUUUAUAUACUCAAAUAUACAAUGUUAUUUAUAUAUAUAUAUAAGUACAGAACACGUAAAUCUCAAAACAAAUGGUCUUGAUGAUAGAAUCGGAGAGCAUGCAUUUGUUUGUAACAAAUACUUGCUCUCUGAUCCUAUCUAUACAACAGUAUCAUAUAAUAAUAUAUAACAAUGCAACUCCAUAGAAAUUAGGUGCGUCUGAUUUAUGUAGGUGUGUACCUAUGGAUAACAGUCGUUUGUUAAGAUUUGAUCAUGUAGUUUAUAGAUGGAACUACGUAAAAUAAAAAAAAUUGAAAGUAUUCUUGGCAAUGUCUUGUAGCUCAAAAAUAGUAAGUAACUAAAAUACGAUUUGGCUUAUAACGAUGAUGCCUAAUUUAUCUCAAUAUGAUUCAGUGAAAUUGACUGAACGUAUUAUAAUGAUUAUUGUAUUAGGUAAUAAGUAUUAUUUUGCCGCCACGCACUGAUGUAUUUUGUUUGUUUUAAAGCACGUGUGGAACUAGUUUCGAAAUAAGUUCUCAUUUCAAUACAAAAAUAUUAAAGUUUCAAUAUUCAGAUAAUGGAUAUUUUGGAACUUAAUGGAAUUUGGAAUACAUCCUUAUAAGUGUAAACAUUUGCACUAUUACUUACAAUGAUUUUUCUGUAUCAAAACAUUAAAAAAUUAUAUAUGCUUUUGACAAAGCCCACAAAAGGACUUAGAAGCAAAACUUAUGCAUUACUUGCUCCAUAAAAAGUCCUGUAGAAUUAGUAUAAGUGUUUUCACUUAAAACGAUGUUCCAAUAUAAUUGAAAUUAGGAAACUUGAAACUGUAUUACUGUAUUAAUAUUGUAAAUAAUCGUUAAUUUAUAACAGUAUUGUGUGUUAUGUUGUGUAUUAUGUUUUGAAUAUCGAUGUAUUGUAAAUAUAUUAUGGUAGUUUGUAAUUGUAAAGAACUGUUUUAUUAUAAUGACUCGUUUACAGUUUUUAUGAAGGAAGUCUAUUUCUGGUUGGACCUUUAAACAAGAUGAUAUGGAAAUUCUUAGCAUUUUUUUAGUAAAGUUUUCUACCAGUGAAAUUAAAUUGGUUUCACUCAAAGAAAUACGUGUUGAAAUAUGAAAGUUCGAGCCUUCUGCACUAACUUGAUAUCUAGUGCACCAUAUUAGUUUAGGAUGGUCGGAAAUUUUAGUGGUUUUAAAAAUUUUGGAAUGACAAAUAUAAUUUUACUGGUAGACAACUUUCUUAAAAAGAUAUCAACGAUUUCCAUUUCACUGUGUAAAUUUUAUUCUGGUAUGUCACUUAACUAAAAAUUAUAAGUUUUGUCUUAGUUUAUCCAUAUGUGUAGUCACUUAUAUACGUCUUUAUAUAUGUUAUAAUAUGUAUAAUUUAGAUAUUAUAAAUGAUACGUAUAUAACCUAAAUAAGGACAUAUGCAACAACUAUAUGUAAAAAUUAUUUACAUUGACUUUAUUUCAGUUUUGUGACGUAAUAACAAUCAGUACCUAUAUAUUUAUAUCUAUGUUUUGUUUAUUUUAAUUUUAAUAAUUUUAUAUGCAUAUAUUCACCAAAAAUAUUGUUAAAUCUGUACUUAAUAAUACGUUGUCCACGAUGUUUUGUUCAAGUUAACAAUUAUAUUAAUUUGUUGGAUCACAAUGGUGCUAAACGGGAGUACUUCAUGAUAACUGUUGAUGUAAAUAUAAAAUUAUAGAUUUUUUUUACCCACGUUAUACUUUCACAUAAUUUUCUUUCUUGGAAUCUCAGUUCAUUAUUAUUUUCUAGUCUUUAAUAAAUGUAUGAUAUGGGAUGUUAUAAGAUCUGAUAUAUUGUAUAAGUUUGAAAGAUAUAUUUUAUUACGAAAUAUUAAAAAAUAUAAAAAAUA